UUUUUGUUGAUAUUUUCUUGCGCGCGAUUAGUAAACAACGUUUUGUUCCUUAUAAUCGAUUCCUUAGUGAUUCUCUAUAAAAUCUAUUUAAUUUAACAAUGAAUUUCUGCGAGGAUUUCGCCAACAUCCAGUCAAUAUUCAACUAUGUUAAUCAGUUCGUAAAACCGUUGCAUAAACUUCAGAUCCGCGGUGGAAAUGAGAUUUAUAUAACCGAGAUUGCUGGCCGAUUACGUCGCUAUUUAGUGUCCAAGAAUUACACUACUACCGACAACGAAGUGCAACACCAACUACACGAAACCGAGCUGCGUAAAAUCACAUUCUAUUUGAUCUUAAAUACCGAAGCCACAUUCAAAUACAAUCUCGCGGAAGACUAUAAUGUCGUUCAUCUGCUGGAAACGAUACCACAAAUAUCAAAAAUGCUUCUACUGUCGCUCAUUUGGGAACUGCGCCUGAAUGAAUACUUUUACGAAUGCGUUGCCUAUGCACCGAUUUGGUUUUCGCUGCAGUUCAUUGAAAUGGCGGUGGACAGUUUGAAAUUCGCAGAUCCGCAUCAAGUGCUCGAUUGUGUGGACAAAUUAAUCUGCGCCAUUUACUUGAACAUUACCAGAUCCGAUUAUCGUAUCAUGGGAAGUGUGGACAAAAAAAUUAUUCUGGGCAAAUAUUUCGAUCAUUUCUGCGACUUUUUGAGACACUUUUUUGUGCCAGAUGCGGAGAAGUUUAGCAACUUUUCCAAAUUCAAAUAUGCUCUCUACACCGGCCAUGUAUUGCAUCACAAUCUGUUGAUGAUCAUCAAAUGUUUCGGUCUGUACAAAACGAAACCGGAAUUGGACGUUGACAAGAAAUUUCUAAUUUAUUCGUUGAUGAGCGAAAAAGACAAGUUGAUCGACAACCACAGUCAUGUCUACAGCGAACCGGUAAACGAAACGUUGCACAAGAUCAACACCGCUCUCCUAAAUUCAUUGCAAACCAAUGUGAUGAUGGUAAACAUCGAUACCUUUUUGAACUGGGUGGAAGAGGAUAUUGACGACGAACAUACCCUUCAAAGUGUAGUCGGGGAAGCUGCUUACAAUGUCAGCAAUUUAAUUCAACUCAAUGAAUGCUUCAAGCAUGACGUUCUCGCACAGUUGCAAAGCAUCUCAAUUAAGCCGCUAUCACCGGAAGAAAAAGCAAAACGAGCAACGAUCGGAGAUGUUCUCAACAAAUUGGACAAUAUGUUGUCGGAGAAUGAUACACGAGCAAUUUGGAUUGCUGAAUUAAUAAGCCGUGGUCUCUUGAUAUUCGAAAAUGAUGAGUGCAUGGAAACGCUGGAACAAAACGUCAAGUACUUCACCGUUGAAAAUGUUGUUGCCAUCGUGAAUUACAUCAAGACCGCUGAGAAUGUGGAGGAUAAUGUCAAAGAGUUGGUAAUCAAUUCAAUCGAACAUUUGCCUUUCACUCAAAUCCACGAAAUUAUCGUUCAAUUGAUUGCCAUGCAAUGCGAAACAGGCCGAACAUUGGAAUCGGCCAAUUUCUCGUUGCAGGCACUGGUCGAAAUGUUUAACAAAUCUACGCAAGAAUUGUAUUCGAAAUUGUCGUUUAAGAUCAUGGCACAGAACCCAGUUCAAUUCUACAAAACAAUUUUUAAGCGUGCCCUGCAGAACGAACAAGAGAUCGAAGAGCUGACGAAAUUCAUAGUGUCGGUGAAGACGGUGUCAUUGAAGCUAAUUGAAAAUGAACUCAAAGACUUGUUCGAAAGAGAAUUCGAUGGGCUCAACGUUAAAGAACGAGCCACCAUACCGAAAUUUAUGAGCCGUUUGUUCUUUGCCGACGUGAUUGCUAAGCCUCAGUUCAUACAGACGUGGUUAUACAAACCACUGAGCAAGGCUCUGUCGGAAAAAAGUCAUACAAAAAUCAUUUGCUUCUUGAAGUCACUGCUGCUCAUAUCGCACAGGUACAAUUUCGAAAAACUAUGUCCUCCUGUAUUGGUAAUGUGCGGACAGGUGUUGGACCAAUGCAGAUGGGAUAUGAUUAAAUACACCGACGAAUUGGAAAGCAUUGUUGUCAUUGCCAUUGACGUCAUACGCGAGGUGAUGAAGAAGUUCCUUCCAGUUGGUACGGAUACUGAUAAGAAAUGGAUAUUGUCGAAAAUUGCAAGCCUUAAGCCAAUCACUCGUUACUACUUCCAUAAAUUGAGUCUCAAAAUGGGAGAUCCAUCCAUCAAAUUGGAUCAAUUCAUAUUCGGAACUGAUUUCAACAAUCUUUCUCGUCCGGAAGCAACCGGAAUCGUAUGUGAAAAUUUCAUUCGUUGUACACGUAAGGAGGCAGAAUGGCUGGCACAGAACCAACAGUUACAUCCCUACUUCAAAGACGUUAUGAUCGUUUUGUUUGAAAUCGUCAAAAAGACUGAUAAUGCCAACUCUCUGAACUGUGUGAGAUUAUGCAUGCAGAAUUACAUAAAAAUUGUUCUGGAUUGCAUGGCACCGUGUAAGACAACACCAGCCGACAAAGCCGAUCUCAUUAGUCAGCAGUUUCGCGUUUUCACAUCCAUGCAAACUGUUCGGAUUUAUGAUGAAUUGCUGCUAAACGCGUAUCCGAUGAUAUUGUCGCUGUCCGAACGAUUCCAUGACGACAUUGAAGCGUCGGUGACGGAAAUCAGGGCUGGUAUAACAGCAUUGGCUGAUUGCGAAGCAAAGACCAUUUUGAUGACCAGAUUUGAAACAAUUUUCGAAUAAAAUUGGCCGAAUUGUUACUGUCGAAUGUAGUAAAUUCAUGAAAUCAA